UUAUAGGCUAUUCUUAUGUUAAGAUAAAGGCAAAUUAAGCAUGAAUUAAAAUGAAAGAUGGUUUAUUUGUCUACUUCAGUUUCAACUGUAGACUUACUAAACUGAUAAAUCACGCAAACUAAAGUGCAUAUUACAACAAUAAUGCAAACCAAUAUGUGGCUUUACCACUCUUAACACGUCCAACUCUUCAUGUAAACGUGGAUUGCACUUUUUAACCACUGUCUGAACAUAAACAGCCCAUAGUUAGUAAUAAAAAAAAGCCGAUUGGACAAUAGACGUCACGUAUUGCUGCCACUUCUACGAGUGCGCAUCAGUUUUAUUUACAGGUGCGAGAAGAGAUGCAAAAAGGGUGCACGUGCAUACGGAUUGUGUUCUACGAGUAUGUGGAACUUAUGCACCUGUUUUGGCGGUGGUUGAGGUGGAAAACUUAAUGAAUCACAAUUGCAGUGUCAAGAGCUCGUGUUUAGCCACUUGUAUCUGUGCACUUAGAAAAUGAAGGCGAAAUUACUUUUCGUGUUUGUAUGAAUGUAAAUCUUCUUUUUACACGCACUCGCCACGGGGUUUAUGGAUCCAAAUGUGCAGUUAUGGAUACGAGUCUUGUGUUACGGGUAUGUUGCACCCAUUUUACCUUCAUAGGCUAAAGCCGUAAUUUACAGCUCAAUGGCUGAAGCUCACUGUUGCGCUGCGCCACCAACGUGAAAGUCACGUGACCAGUCACAUCGCAGCCUUACGUUGAGAAAAUCACGUUUUAUCAUAUUGCGGUAUAAUCGCAAAUGCAAUUAAUCGUUCAGCCCUAGUAGGGAGGUGGUGUAAAAGCUCAGGAGGUGGAAACAGCAUGAAUAUUUUGCCUCAAUUGUGUAGUGUAAAUGAACCGAGAUGAAGUGGACAAAAUCAGACGCAAAUGCAUCAGUAGGACAGCUAACAGUAAAGAAGUUAGGACAGAUGGUUGGGACACACGGAGAGGAGAGUGUGUUAGACAAGAAUCAUAGAGGCUCAUUGAAGUAGUGGAUGUGCACAUGAAGACAGUAGAUGUGACUAGGGAGGUUUAUCAAGGUGGGUGGAGGCUGUGGAAAUGACCACAGAAGAAAAGUUACUGUGUUGUCGUGUUCCAGUGGUAGCUGUUCAAGCUGUCACUGUGUCUUCAUUGCGACUGUUACAGCCUCUUCUUUUGUUGAUGUUGCCAUCUUUGUAGUUGUUGUCGAUAACAUUUAGUUCCAAUGUUUAACAGUACUCAUCAACAUUUUAGUCUGUGUGCGCUUAUUGAAACAGCAUCUCGGUAGCACUGUCUUCAGCCCACGUGUGUCCACUAAAAAGACAAACGUGUCCUAUUGUCACUUUGUUCAGCCUCCACUGAACAUCUGUCCCUCGGGUCUCUCUGGAGCUGCAGUGUGACAUCUGCUUUUUGUUCUCUCAGCAGGUUUCCUGUCAGAGGCCCUGCUUCUUAUCCACACACCAGUGACACAACACCAGGAAAUUGUUGCAAGAAUCCCUUCAAACUCUGCAACAUUUUUAUCAAAAUAUCUAAAGUGACUUUUAAAAAGCUUCACAUUUAUCAUUUUUUUGGUCAUGGUUGCGUUCUGAAGAGCCUAUUGAUCUUCCUUUGAAUCCCCAGAGUUCAGACCUCAGUAGCUUUAAUGAAACAAAAUCCUCUGGAGCCUGUGGCGGUGACCAUCAGCCUAGUUCGCUGCUCUUGUAUCACUGUUUUAUCGCUUUCGUUCUGAUUUUGAUGAGUCAACAAUUUCUACUGAUUUUUACGGCUGUGCAAGCAAGCUGACACCACACAUCCUGUCUAAAACAAUCAGUGUUUUCAAUAAGCUGUUGUGCAGCUCGUCUUUCUAACAGACACAGAUGCAAGAAUCACUAGUUUCACAUUAUACCUUUUCGUCAACAUAGAGGGCGUUCAAUUAUAUGUUGUAAUUGUUGGGUAAUAUUUUCACAGUUUUUUCAGUUUUAAUGUGUUACAAUAUUUAUUGUUGUAUAAUUACAUCAGCUUACUUUUCUCAUUUUUAAAAUACAGAUUUAUUUUCAAGAUUGCCUAUUCUUAACCUAAUACAACCUGACUGUAUUUUUUAACGGAAAGGAAAGUAUAUAAUAAAAACUUUUUGCUAUCACUGCUCCUGUCCUCCCCUGGUAAGUCUCUGUAUGUCUACCGGAUGGUAGUAUGUAAUUUCGUUGUUAAUGCAGUAUUUGUGGUGCUCUGACAAGAAAGGCUAGUUUAUCUUUCAUCAUCUUCAUCUUCGGGUAAUUGUUUUAGUUUGUGGUGACCGAGUUAUUUACUAUGCAGUUUGUCACAAAAAUUGCUCAUUUGUUUUUAUUUUACUGGUAAGGAUUUGACAUAUUUAGGAAAUAGUCAGGAAACAUCGGCAUUAAUCUUUAUUUAAAACAUACAAUAUUUGAAUAAAUUUUACUAAUCCAAAGCUGGAACAAGGUUGAUUAAGAUCAAACCUCUUUAGAGUCUAACUUAUCAAGAUAGUCUUUUUUUGUGGUGUACAGGCCCGAAAAGUAAUUUCAGUGGGUAACCAGGUCAAUCUUCCUUUCGGUCCGAGAUCCCAUCUUAACUGGAUGCUAAAUAAUGUGCAUUAGUUGAGAUUAACUGAAGUCCAGUGCAUUUAACCAGACCUUAAUCCAUACCAGUUGAUAGAGCUGCAAGACCACGAGGUUGAUCAUAAACAACACAGUGGUUGUUUGGAGUGCAACAUUGUAUUUUGUCUUCUCGUUCUUUCAACCUGUUUCCUGAAUAAAAAGGAAUAUUUAGCCUCUCAGUUGUAUUUAUUUGAACUGGUGUUGUACCACAAUAGGAGAUGCUUCCCGGGGAGCAGGCCUCAGUUCUGAAAUAACAAACAGGGUGGGAUUGGCCGGACUCCCGAAUGCUUCAUCUCCCAACAUGCUGCAACUCAGGUCAGAUGUUGGGUUGAGACAGCACGAUCAAUCAAGAGGUUAUCGGAUGAGUCGAACCUCCUUUGUGCAGGUGUUUUUCAGAGUACGAGUUCAAAGGGACUCUUGGAUUAAAUUAGAUUAGAUUGCCUCAUAUUGAAAGUAACCCUUCUGUGGAUGAGUUUUCAGGACUGUGUCAAAGGUGCACGUGGAGAUUCUGCUGAUUAAAUAUGGCCAUUUUCUUCCCCCAUUGAGAAGGACUUAUCGGGCUCUGACAGGCUAGUCUUCUGAAUACACCAAUUUAAUGGCUGUGUGGAAUAAUGAUUUCAUGAGUCAGACCCACAUCCUGUCUGAUUCAUAUCCCACUGGGAUUCAAGGACUCACAGUUCUGAGGUACUGGUUUCGGACCGCAGAGUCACCUCAGAGACUUUUCCUCUUACGCACCAUUAAGUUGUCAAAUAGUGAAUCCUUUUCACUUUUUUGACUAUGAAAGCGGUGUUUUUCAAAUUGUGAUAUACAGACUGGAACGUAGGUGAAUUGGUUCGGAAAGGUCUAUAUUUUUGAUAAGCUAAAACUGAAAUAUUAAAAGUCAUUUAACCAUCAGUAUGUCUUUGUUAAGUUACGUCACACUUCCAAAUUUGGAGGAUUAGUUGGAGCUUUUUUAAGUGUUGCAUUGUCCUCUUCCUGGGAACUAAGCAAUCCCAUCAGCCUACAGUAACAAGCUUUGGCGAUUUUGGCGACAGACCUGAUUGUGUGACGCUACUCCUUUUCCUGUUACUGACAGCAUGUUUAGAGGGAAGUGUUUCCGCUCACUCUGCUGCAUUAUUUAUUAAAUUCACCUCCCGUGGAUUGAUGGCUUUCCACUCAGCAUCAGAUGUUUGAAAGCUCAGUGACUUGUCACUGUGAGGAAGAUCCUGGAGAUAAUUUUCUCCUUAGAUGUUUAUGGCAGUGAUGUAGGAGUGGAAACUUUGGCAGCAGUGACUGUAGACUUGACCCCCUCCCAUAAAAAUGUAAUCCCCUCUCAUGUAAUCCCGCCUUCUCUGUCAUCUCCAGUCCUUUGAAAGCCCUCCUCCCUCUCCCCCGUCCUCCUCUGCCAUCCCACUUAUUCCACCUUACGCCUGAUGGAGCAUUAGGCUCAGAGCGCUAAGGGCGGCCACAGAUUCACAUUCAGAGUGCGAGUGGGCUGCAGCUCCAACACUUCCUCCCUGGGUCCCUUGGAUUCUGACUUAUUCCAGACGUUCAGGAAUUACUUUGCUGUGAUUCUUUUGUUUUUCCCGCUGAAGUACUCUGCACUUCACCCACCAUCUCUCGGACGUUCAGGAAAUGUGUUUCUCGUUUGGAUAUCGUCCCCUCCCCAGCCUCUAACCUGGAUAAGAAUGUUUCAGAAGGGUAUUCCCUCUGUGGAUAAGAUGGUGCCCCUGCAAAAACGGGAUCAGUUCGACAACUUGGAGAAGCACACUCAGUGGGGGAUCGAAUUUGUGGAGAAGUACGCCAAAUUUGUCAAAGAGCGCUCAGAGAUUGAAGCCAGCUAUGCAAAACAAAUUAGGAAUUUAUCAAAGAAAUAUCAACCCAAGAAGAACUCCAGAGAAGAGGAAGAGAGCAAAUACACAUUCUGUCGAGCAUUCCUGACGACGCUCAACGAGAUGAACGACUAUGCCGGGCAGCAUGAGGUCAUUGCUGAGAACUUGACCUCUCAAAUCAUCAUAGAGCUUUCACGCUACCUGCAGGAGCUCAAAGCCGAGAGGAAGUCGCACUUCCACGAUGGUCGUAAAGCACAGCAGCACAUUGAGAGCUCAUGGAAGCAGCUGGAAUCGUCUAAGAGGAGGUUCGAGCGAGACUGCAAAGAGGCCGACCGAGCGCAGCAGUACUUCGAGAAGAUGGAUGCUGACAUUAACGUGACGAAAGCUGACGUGGAGAAGCGAAGUUCUCUGAAGGCCCGGCAGCAAGCGCAUAUGAGGCAACAGAUGGCCACGGACAGCAAAAAUGAAUACUCCUCCUACCUUCAGAAGUUCAACCAGGAGCAGAAUGAACAUUACUACACCGUCAUCCCCAAUAUCUUUCAGAAACUUCAAGACAUGGAGGAGAAGCGGAUUGAGAGGAUAGGAGUGUGCAUGAAGACAUUCGCAGAUGUGGACCGGCAAGUGCUGCCCAUUGUGGGGAAGUGUUUAGACGGAAUGACGAACGCGGCCGAGUCCAUCGAGCCUAAGACUGACUCCCAACAGGUGGUGGAGUCAUACAAGUCUGGCUUCGAGCCGCCGGGUGACGUGGAGUUCGAGGAUUAUGGCCAGGCCAUGAAGCGGAGUCCAUCUGACACCAGCCUGACGAACUCCAGAGAGGUAAAGGAGCGGCCUGCUGGCAAGAGCAAAGGCAAACUCUGGCCUUUCAUCAAGAACAAAAACAAGCUUAUGUCCCUUUUAACAUCCCCACGCCAGCCCCCACCUGCCCCCCCAGCAUCAUCCCCGCCCUCACCCUCUGCUGUUCCCAACGACCCCCAGUCUCCCAAGCAGCACAAGGAGCCCCUCUCCCACCGCCUCAACGACUUCAUGGCCUCCAAACCCAAAAUGCACUGCCUCCGGAGCCUGAGGCGAGGGCUUUCUCUCAAGCUGAUCACUCUCAAUUCCCACGUCAGGAAUCUCAUUGAGGGUUCUGGACCGGAGGACUUCAGCCACCUUCCCCCGGAGCAGAGGCGGAAAAAGCUGCAGGGCAAACUGGACGACCUGAACAAGGACAUCCAGAAGGAGAUGGACCAGAGGGACGCUCUGGCUAAGAUGAAAGACGUGUAUGUGAAGAACCCACAGAUGGGAGACCCUGCCAGCGUGGAUCCCCGACUAUCAGAAAUAGCCCAGAACAUUGAGAAACUUCAGUUGGAAGUUCAGAAGUUUGAGGGCUGGUUAGCCGAGGUGGAGGAGCGAAUGCCGUCCAAGAGCGACUCCAACAGGAAAAGUGCAAUCUACGAGACACAGAACAGCACAACGGUCAACAACAACUGCGCGCAGGACAGAGAGAGCAGCCCGGACGGCAGUUACACAGAAGAGCAGAAUUCAGAGACUCAGGUGAAAGCCACCAUCAAUCCGACGUCCAGCACACCUGAGUUUGAUGACGAGUUUGACGACGAAGAGACGCUGCCAACCAUCGGAACGUGUAAAGCGCUGUACCCGUUUGAUGGUCAGAAUGAGGGCACCAUCUCUGUGGCAGAGGGCGAGCUGCUGUAUGUGAUCGAGGAGGACAAAGGGGACGGGUGGACACGGGUGCGCAGGAACGAGGAGGAGGAGGGAUACGUGCCCACGUCCUACAUUGAGGUCUUUUUGGAAACAAACGCCAAAGGUGCUAUGACAUACAUUUAACUCAACCGUGUGACUGUUUGUGUGACCACACUGGACUACAACACACACUUUGUCUUUUGUGCCUCACGACACUGAAAGUGAACCGAGUCAACCGGAAAGAAGAAAGUCUGUAAAUGCAGUCCCUCGCUACUCUUUUAUUUUCCCCUGCUGCCACCUAGUGGUCACUAGAAACAGCACAGUGUUACAGUUCAAGCGCAGACGAUCGAUGUUCAAGAUGCUGUUUUUAAAGACAAAGAAUCUCUUAAAGCAACUCUAUGUCGUUUCACCUUUACUUAUGGUUGGAUCACAUUUUGAAAGUGAUAGUUUCCAAGUCUAUCAGAAUUAUCUGCAAACGUCAAUAAUGAAUUAUCACGUCAGCGAUUACUUGAAUAUGAUCUUCUCUGACUGACUCGUUGUGUCUGUUACCAAAGUGAACUGUAAUGUGGUUUCAUGCUCAUGUUAGUGUUAAAACAGAUGAAGUGAAAUUAACCGAAGCAUCAGGUAGCCUGGCUAUAAGAUAAACUUUGCAAAUAUAUGAUUGCAGAAUUGCAAAGAAAACAAGACUUUCAGCUUUCGACUAAAAAUGAACAGGACAUCUUCAAAGAUGUAUGUGUGUCACCUCAGCUGUUUUUUCCAUUGGCCCUCAGACGGUGCUGCUGGUCAUUAGCCACUGCAGGUAGAAGAUGUACUGAAGAGAGAGACACCACAUCAGCUGUCUUACUGUGAACAACUAGCACAACUUGUAAUUCCAAUUGACUUAUGAGACACAGAUUCAGAGCGAGCUUGCAGCGAUACACUUUAACUGUCUUCUUACCUCUUAAAAAGUAGUCGUCAAAAUGGAUCUGAGAAACAGACACAGUGUUGCUUUAAUGUCAACCUCCAGACAUUGCUGUACUUGACCAGACCCGCAUGCUCCAUGUGCAAUUAUGCAAUAUACUGCUGUAAAUAUGAAACUAUUUUUCUAAACUACUGCAAAACAUGACAGUCGCAUGCUGUAGAUAGACAAACUUGUAAUUAUUACCACCACUUUUUGUUAAAAAGGAGUCUGCCGUUUUAAUUGCUUUGAUAUUGUUAGUGUUGAGAUGUUCUGGUGUUUUCUUCCAGGCCAGUUUUAGACGCAGUAAUGGAAUUAGUGCUACUGAAGUUCUCUGGUGAGACCGUGUGGGGGCGAAGCGAUGUUGUGCACGAGUCUGAUGAACGCAUGAUGUCAUUCCACUAGAACGAUGGCGACAUCACCAUUAAACCUCAGACACUCGUGGUUCAGCAUGUGCGCAGUGGGAUUGAAAAGCAUGAGGAAGGGUUUUUUUUUUUUUACAAUGACUUUCGGCAUGUUCAUAAGAGUCGGCUAAACUUUCUAAGCGGAUUUUAAGAUUCUUACUAUGUUCCUUUUCGGUCCAAAAUGAUCCUUCAUAGUUUAUUUAUUCUUCUCCACCGUAGGGCUGCACAAUAACAGGAUGUUUUCCCAUAACAUUAUGACCAGUAGCCCUGUUUGUCAAUGCUCAGAAAAGCAGAAAAUAGUCUCAGUUUACCCUUUAGUUAGAUGGUGGGGGUCUCUUGUGUUGUGUCACUAUGUUGGCACUGUAAGUCAUUUUUAGUUGGGCUCUAGGCACAAGCAUUAUAUUCAACUAGAAAUACAAUUUACUAGUGUUCUGCUAAGCUUUAUUAGCUGCAUGUGCAUUAAAGUGUUUUUUAGUGAAAGAUAAUGAAAAAAGAUGAAAAAGAAUGUUUGGUUUUCCCAUUUUACUUCAUUCCUUUAUUUCAAUCUUUGUCAACUAAAUUAGCCCCUAAAAUGAAGCCAUCUCAGGUAGAAGUUGGGGACCUGUUAUCAGGAUUCAUGUGAGGUGUCUUGUGAGUUUUGCUUUGCUAGCAUUUUCAAUAGCCUACCAGCCUGUAGAAUUUGAACUUCAAUGUUAGGUGGAAGAUCUUUCACAUACCUUUCACUUCAUCUUGAGCAUCAAGGUUGUUUUUUUUAGGUGGCGCUCCGUGCAGUGUCAAUUGUUUGACGGUGUUGUUCACCUGAUCCACAUUAGAUGCAACGCGAGGCUAGUAAUGUGAUGGUAUAAUGUUAUGUUAUGUAGCCCUGCGUCACCUCACCUGACACUCAAACCUCCACCUAAUGCUCUUCUUUGUCAUUUUUGUUCGUGUUUUUUUUUUUUUUUGCCUUUAUUCCAGAUUCCUAGAAGUGCGGCUGGCCGAGGAGCGGCAGGGCAAGCAGCCUCGUGGAGACCACUGCGCUGUUGUUCCUCACAAACAGAGACACGGCCAAUUUAAGAUUUCCCCAAACCUAAUAAACCGUCGAGCGGUGCUUCAAAAUUCAUAAACCUCUGACACAACAGUAACCGAUCCAUUCGCUUCGACACGUUUUCAGCAGAGCUUUGCUUCUUAAUUACUAACACGCUUGCUCCACCGCUGUCAACAGCCCCACCCCCACCUUUAACUC